AUGUCAAAAAAAUCUACAUAUGUAUCGAUUGGAAGAGAAAUAGAACAAGCUAGGAUGACCAAGUCGUCUGGGUUUAGCGAUGUGCUAAAUGAAAAGGAACUACGAAACAGAGCAACUAGUCUGUUACAAAAACCUCAAUUAAAGAAAUGUUACAAGAGCAAGAAAGACGGAGGAAUAAUAAAACCAAAUAAGAUGCCAGAACAAUUAAAAAACACCUUCAUAGAUAAGUUAAACUUGAGCAACUUGGAUAUUGCAGCUCCACCCAAAUCCGCUGUAUCACAUUAAUCUUCAACGACUACUCAACCUCUUUGCUUUGAAAUCGAUUUCGAUUGGCUGGAUUACUGCGAUGAGUAGAAGUUCAAACAGAUCUUCAAGGAAGACUUAAAGGACAUCCCAGACAUCGAACAAUAUGUAGAAGACAAUCAGUCGUAUCUCUGCCAUAUCUUUGCUUAAUGUGCCUGUGCUAAAUGCACCUGCAACAAAUGCAUCUGUCAAUACAAAAAGAAACUAGAAUUGAACUAUGCAUAUGGCAUGGUCACUUCUAAUAGGUUCGAUUAUGUACCCAAAUAAAAUAAAUGCUUUACUCCAAUCAUAACGUAGUCUCAUUAUGACAAUAUCGGCUUGCCAGUUGCAUCCAUGUAAUUCAAUUCUACAUAGAGAGAUAAUUACAAAUGGAUACCAUCAGAUCGACCAAGAACAGCUGCCAAGUCUAUGUAUGAAUCUCACAAUUUACCCACUGGACAAACUACUAACAAUGUACGAAUUUUCAUUCAAUAGUCUUGCUCACAUUCAUCAAUUGGAAGGACUAUAAUACCAAUAUUUUUAAGGCUCCGCAAUUUCGAACCACUGUCAAAGCAAAUCUAAUGA